GCCGUCUGCGAGUCUGUCGGUUGAUCAAACAUUCGAUUUGUCUCUUGUUGCCUGUUUCUCUAUUCUACAAAAUGGCUCCCAACCCCACCGGCUUCUCCAUCAGCGAGUUCAAGGCUGCGGCCUCGCGCUCGUCACCCUACGCCAAGCGAGACCCCUGGGCGAGACAUGAGGCGUGGCGAUACAACGGUCCGUUCUCUCGGUGGAACCGGUUCAAGGGUCUCUUCCCUGGUCUGGGGAUUGCGAGCGUUGCGUUUGCCGCCUAUUGCACGUACGAGGCGUUGUUCAUGAAGGACGACCAUGCGCACCACGGUGAUGGACACCACGAAGGGCACUAGAGAAGGAGAUGAGAAGUGGGAGACUGAGAAGGCAAGAUGCGAGGAAUUCAAGGAAACAAAGGAUUGUCCGCAAUAGAUCGGAGACUUGAUAGAAGCAAGGCUUCCUGUACAUAGAUUGAUCAUGG